CGGAGAGAACCGACAGUUGCGGGACCCCCAUCACUACGUCCAGCAGCCCUCUCAGCACCACCAUCACCACCACCACCACCACCCGACUCACCGCAGCGCCAGUCCCCAGGCGCCGGCCCACCUCCACCAACACCCGGGGAGCAACAAAGCUGCGGCUCAUCUCGGCCAGCAGGCGCAUCAUCAGCAGCCACCACCACCCCAGCAGCAGCAGCAUCAGCAGAUUACCGGUCUGUCGGCCCAGCCUCAGCCUCAGCAGCAGCAGCACCCGACUCCUCCUGCACCGUCUUCCCACCACCCACAGCAGCUGCAGCUCGUUCCCACCUCGCCGCAGUCGCCCAAAGCGAGCCAAGCCAGCCCCGACUCCGCCGAGGAGGACAAGAGGAGCCCCUGCUGCAAGUCGCUUGUUCCGCAGACUCCAACCACUCUCUGCCGUUCAGUGGGUCUGGCCAGGAAAGCGGAAAACCCAACAGUACUACACCAGUUCUGCUGCCCGGCCCCAGAGGCUCCUGAGGGGGAGACCUCCACUGCCUGUGUUCCCAGAUCGAAAUGUUAGAGCACAAAUAUGGCGGACACCUCAUCUCCCGCCGUGCUGCCUGCAAGAUCCAGACCGCCUUCCGCCAGUACCAGCUCAGCAAAAACUUUGAGAAGAUCCGCAAUUCACUUCUGGAGAGUCGACUGCCUCGACGCAUCUCCCUGCGCAAGGUCCGUGUGCAAAAUACGGAGGGUUUCUCUGCUGAACGGGCCCUGGCAGAAGGCUGUAACCUGGCAGGCAUCCCACUGGUACGCUCACCAUCUUUGCCUGCCACGGUUGGUGGCACCCUGACCGACCUGGAAGACUCCUUCACUGAGCAGGUCCAGUCAUUAGCAAAGUCUAUAGAUGAUGCACUCAGCAACUGGAGUCUGAAGACCAUGUGUUCACUCCAAGAAGGCGGCAACUAUCAGUUCAGUGCCGAUUCCUUUAGCGCAGCAGCGGCAGCAGCAGGGGUUGGAGGUGGUGGAGAAGGUGGGGGUGGGGAUGUGCGAGACUCGGUAAUUCAUCAGGGCUCCGUGGACCCAACCGACCUCUCGAGGAGUGCAAGCAAGCUGAUGAUGGCGUUUCGAGAUGUGACGGUGCAGAUUGACAGUCAGAACUUCCGCGUUUCAUCUUCAGUUAGGGAAUCAUCCACUUCUGUCACCCUCAACAGUGGCACUCAGCAAGAAGAAGCCUCCAGCACUGUCACCACCACUUCCACGACAGCAAAUUCCGCACCAGCCCCUAUCCCACCCGGUCCUUCCCAAGAACCCCCUCCUCCACUUGCAGACAUCCUAGCAGAGCCCAAAGAACUCCCACCACCACCCCAGGAGCCUCCACCACCACCAGAGACAGAAAUAGAAGGCAGCGACCAGGAUGAUGAAUUCCCUGCGCCACCUCCUUCUGAAGAAGAGCUUGGGGAGAUGGAGCAACCUCCUCUGACCCCUCUGGAUAAGAUGGCAUUCCCCCAAAGCCCAGAGGAGGUUGUUGUGGUGGUACCACCACCACCAAGAGAACCAACUGUUGCCCCUCCACCACAGGAGACUAUAGUGCUGGGUAGCUCUCCUGCGGUGGAGCCUUUGGAUGUUAAGAGAUGUGGCUCUGAGACGGCAGACAAUAGCUCAGAGCAGAUGAGCAGCAGCAGCACAUCGACGGAGGCGCGCUCGACGUCCGAGGCGUCGUCCAAGGAAGCAUUGCAGGCCAUGAUCCUCAGCCUGCCACGCUACCACUGUGAGAACCCCGCUAGCUGUAAAUCACCCACUCUGUCCACAGACGUCAUGAGGAAACGCCUCUACCGCAUCGGCCUCAACCUCUUCAAUGUAAACCCUGACAAGGGCCUUCAGUUCCUGAUCUCAAGAGGCUUCAUCCCAGACACGCCCAUUGGUGUUGCCCACUUUCUGCUACAGCGAAAGGGCCUGAGUCGACAAAUGAUUGGAGAGUUCCUCGGCAACAGCAAGAAGCCCUUCAACAGAGAUGUCCUAGAUUGUGUGGUGGAUGAGAUGGAUUUCUCAGGCAUGGAGCUGGACGAAGCGCUGAGGAAGUUUCAGGCCCACAUUCGUGUCCAGGGGGAAGCCCAGAAGGUGGAACGUCUCAUUGAGGCCUUCAGUCAGCGGUACUGCAUGUGUAACCCAGAUGUGGUGCAGCAAUUUCACAAUCCAGACACCAUCUUCAUCCUGGCCUUUGCCAUCAUUCUGCUCAACACCGACAUGUACAGCCCGAAUAUUAAGCCCGACCGCAAGAUGCUGUUGGAGGACUUCAUAAGGAAUUUACGAGGUGUGGAUGAUGGAGCAGAUAUCCCCAGAGACAUGGUGGUGGGAAUCUAUGAAAGAAUACAACAGAGAGAGCUGCGCUCCAACGAAGACCAUGUCACCUACGUUUCCAAGGUUGAGCAGUCCAUCGUAGGCAUGAAAACAGUUCUCUCUGUCCCUCAUAGAAGACUAGUGUGCUGUAGUCGACUUUUUGAGGUGACAGACGUCAACAAGGCCCAAAAACAAGCAGCACACCAGAGAGAAGUCUUCCUCUUCAAUGAUCUCCUUGUGAUCUUGAAGCUUUGUCCAAAGAAGAAGAGCUCCGCGGCCUACACUUUCUGCAAAGCCAUGGGACUACUUGGCAUGCAGUUUCACCUUUUUGAAAACGAAUACUACCCCCAUGGAAUCACCAUCCUCUCACCAUUCGGAUCAGACAAGAAGCAGGUAUUAAACUUCUGUGCUCAAAGUGCCGAGGAGCUGCUCAAGUUUGUGGAAGACCUAAAGGAAUCAAUCGCAGAAGUGACGGAGAUGGAGCAGAUACGCAUCGAGUGGGAGCUGGAAAAGCAGCAGGGAGCCAAGACACACUCGGUAAAGAACAACGGCACACAGCUAGAGCUUCGCAGUAAACAGGGCUCCCCAUCAGGACACCAGGAGAUAGAUGACAGAAGUGGACACAAUGCAGUAGAGGUGUCAAUUCACAACAGGCUUCAGACGUACCAGCUCAGCAGCAGCAUGGCUCGGAGCCCCGAGAGCGCGGCCCUUCUUAAUCACCGGGGAGAGGUGCUUUUCCAGCAGGGGCCCCAGGGGGUAACCCAAGGGCCUGCGCCUCCACCACAGCCCCUGCAGCUGCAGUCAGCGGCAAGCACUCCCGCCCAUCAUCUCCCCCUCCAGCAGCACCACCAGCCCUGUGUCAGCAUGGCUGACCUGCGGCCUGAGGCGCUCAUCCAGUGUCAGCAAAUUGUCAAGGUCAUCAUGCUCGACAACAGCAGCCAUGGACGCAUGGAGGCCUUCCUCAGCCAAACGCCCACACACCACCACUACCAGCAUCACCAUCACCACAGCCACCAUCAGCUUAGUCACUCCGCCAUGUCCACCCCCGUCCGCUCGCCAGACGGCUCACACGGCAGCGAUGGCCACCAGCCCCCACUGCCUCCCCCGCCUCCACCUUACAACCACCCGCACCAGUACAUACCCCCAGACCCCCGCCUCAGUCUACACCGGACCCCAAGUGGCUCUCGGAGCAUGGUGUAAAUAAAUGAAUUCAAAUUUUUCUCCCUGAAAAACAGACACAUACUUCCACAUAAACCCUAUCACUUCUCUUCCUAUCUAACAGUACAUAUUGUACAUAUAUACAUACAGAUGAAGCUAUAAUGAAAAAAAUAAAAAUCCCACUUAUAUGCAUAAAUUUAAGAAAAAAAAGAUAAAAAAAAAUUAAGGUUUUAAAAGAGAUAAGAAGAAAUAUAGUGCGUAUAUAAAGUUUUACUUGAUUCCACAUGUAUUUUGAAAUAUUAUGUAGUUUUAACAAAUUUCUAUAACUUUUUGUCAGUUUUAACUCUAGAGAAAACUCACUGCUAUUCACUUCAUGGAUGGAUUCCUUCCAGUUCCAGUAUUUAUCAACAACAACAGAAACACACCAAUCCCUCAAAUCUUUUGAAGUUUUUCUUGUAAUGGAUGGAAAGACAUCAAGGAUCUUCUGCUUCUGUUCGCUUUUAUCAUCCCAAGCCUCAUGCCUACUGUGCUGUAUGUGCACACAUGCGCAUAGCUGACACUUAACUGAAACUCUGUGCCAAAAUACAUAUGCCUCCACUAAACACUGACUUCUUUGCACUUGACUAAAUGCUAGGGCUAGAAGAAAAAAAAACACUACUCCUUUGCUUUGAGAAAAUAGUCGUUUCAGGCUUCUUGUUCAAGGAGCAAAAAAUACAAAAAAAGAAGAAUAGUAAAACUGAUAUUUCAUAAAACGUUAUCUACCCAUUUGCGCUGUUGCUUAUUUAUUUAUGUGAUGGAGGGCCUUCUCUCUUCUUCUCCACUCCCUCGGAUUUAAAAAAAAAAGCAAAAAUGACAUUCUCCCGAUAAGCUGUCUUUGUCAUCCGCUCCUCCAUUGUGUUGUGGCUCUCUAUCUUCAGAAAACACUCUCACCCAAUUGUUGCUCUCCAUAGAUCAUUCUACACUGAAGGAUGACAAGAACCAAAGGCAACCAAUCAUAUAGAUUGCUGCCGAGCCAAAAAAAGUUAGCCUAGGAUGCUUCUGUUGAUUGAUGCUUGUCUCUUACUCUUCAUGUCUAACAUCAUUAAGGCUUUCCAGGAAUUCUUGCCCCUUUUGUCAGCUGAUGGAGGGAAGGUUUUGUCUUGUUUUUCAACAUUUUGAAAAUGUCUCAUCGUCUGAAAUGGCUCUAAAGCUACAGCGGGUUCAGAUGUUAAAAAAAAAACAGAAAAAAACAACACGAUGUGCUGUCAUCGGUUAUCAAAUGUGUCGUCGCUAUAUGUUUUUUUGUUCCAGGAACUCACCCGAGAAUUUCUGUUAGGACGCUACACUUUUUAAAUGUCGAGAUGUGUGUUUAUUUUAAUUUGCCAUUGUGCCAUCAUUGUGUGUUUCCCGUCGGUGGAUAAAUGUCGGGCAGAGUCCACCCACAAAACAUCCAGACGCUGUCUCUUUACGUCGGUACGACUGCCAGCUUUUGUUCCAGAUCCUCGUGACUGUUUUCUCUGCCGUGCUAACCUUUCAUUUUGACAUUUUCAAAAAGGCAAAAACUACAUGGAGCUUAUACUGCAAAAGCUGGCAUUAGUGGUAUUGUUUGUGCUGUUGGCUAUCCUGCUUUAAAUAAGAAUGGAAGGGAGGGGAGAGAGAAAAAAGAAUGCAUUAUCUGAUCUCUUUCUAUUUCACCUCAGCUUAGAUUGUAAAUACCACAUUCAAAGAGUCAGAAAGGACAAGCAAGCUACCUUUAGCCUCUUCAAAUUGCUAUCGCCCUGUCACGCAUCCGUCAUUCUGAAAUAGGUCAGCGACCGCCCUAGCCUGAAUGCGUUCAUCUUUUAUACAUAACCCCCACCAGGUACUGUGAAAUGGAUGUUCAGUUAACUCUGUUCUCAUCUGACCUCCAUCUGUGUGAUUUGUUGAUUUAUAAUGACAGAGCCAAUGCGGGGAGGUCUCUAUCUCAUCUGUCUGUCCUGUUCCACUUAGGAUGUCACCCUGUGAAAAGACAGCGGCUGCACAAAAAAAACCCCAAAUAAACAAAAAAAAAGCUGUCUGUUGUGAUUGGCAGAGAUGAGUGUGUGUGACCUACUCACAGUAGCAUCCUAGCUUUCCUGUAAACAAAUCCGUCCUCGCUCUUGUUUAUCCCCGUAAUUGCUUUUGUAAUUAUUUCAUAACACAAUGAGAGGAAUUACAGCUUUCAAAAUGAAUCAAGAGCUGUGAUGAUUCAUUUAACACAUUUACUGGCUACAUUGUAGAAAUGAACUUUUGAAGGUUAUGUAAUAAAAUUUAGAAACUAUUCUACUAUUAUGAAUUUUACCUUGAUUGAUGAUGAUUGUACGGUUGCUGAUUUAUUUGUUUGAAUCAGCUUUCAGAAAUUAUUGAUUGAUUGAUUUUUACAUGAUUUUUCUUCUCAUGCAUGUCAGUCCAAAGCCUAUUGAACCCUUAUUCCCAAAAAUCUGGAAUUUGUGCAUGAUUGAGUUUGCUGUGGGAGGUGAAAAUUUUUCUUUUUGUCAUGAUGAAAAUGAAAGCUUGUGCUGGAAUUUAAAAAAAAAAAAACAGACAUGGAUUUCUAUUCUUUUUUUUUACGAUGACAAACACCCCUUCAAAUACGAAUGGCUUCUUUGGGCAAAUAUGUUUUUGUGCCUCGAGGCAAAUCAAAUGCCUCUUUCAUGGCCAUUUUUGCUUGUUUUGUCUUAUUUCUAUGUAUGUUAUGACCCUUUCUUUAUGGUUGCACAUUUUAGGUGAAAGAUAUGCUGCGUGUGCAAGAAACAUGAAUAUGAGGCGCACUGAAAAUGACAGAUUUACAUUUGCAGGGAAACUAAUGUAGCAUUUGGGGAGUGUAGCAGAUGAUAUGGAAGUGCAGUAGUGGGUACCUUUCAUGAAGAAACUCACAAAAGGGCUCUGCCAUACCAGUACACUGCUUCAUGAAUGACAUGUGAAUCUUGUCUGGCUUUUCACCACUGUGUUUGCUCAUACUAGUAAAGGAAAUACAAAUAGAGGAAAUAUUUAUGGAUAGACAGGUGGAAACUGAGUGCAACAUGAACCAUCUCCCUCAGUUGGCUUUAAAACCCUCCCUGUCUUUGCAGUAUAUCAACAUGCAAUUAAAGAUGAUUUAAGUCUA